AUGACAUCAACUGAGAAACGGAAGAGGGGUCCUAGAACCAAAAAAGACUCGAAAGAAAAAGAAAGAAAGGUUAAUCCAGAUGAGAUAUUUGACCAGAUGGACCAGAACCAUGAUGGGCGGAUCUCCGUGCAUGAGCUGGUGAAGGCAGCUCGUUUGCUCGGUCUCAGUCCAACCCAAAAGGAGGCUGAACAGAUGAUUGAAGACUGCAACCCGCGCGAAAAGGGGUACGUGACUCGCGCGGAGUUCCGGAAGCUGUUCGAGAGCAAGGAGGUUGACGUGGACGCACAGAUUGAGGAGAUGACGUCGGCAUUCAGAGUCUUCGACAAAGACAACAGUGGCACAAUCACCCGAGACGAGAUAAUCUCUGUGCUAAAACUGUCAGGGGAGAAGGUAGAUGAAGCCGAGUUAGAGGAAAUAAUGGCCAGUGUGGACGUCGAUGGUGACGGAAAAAUCUCUAUCGAGGAAUUUGCAGCUGUGAUGUGUGAUAUUUGAGCAAUUGAACGAGAACUCAGAAUACCCCUUUGCUCCUGUGUAAAUGGCGAUUAACUCGUGACCAUGUGAUUAGUAUUCCACCGACAGUGCAUUGAAAUGUUAUACUAACCCUUGUAUAAAUACGUAUCUAUAGAAUAACUUAUAUCGUUGAAUAUGUUGCUAUAGAAUGUAAUAAUAUUUAUGUAUACCGGUACAUGAAUACAACAUAUAUUCGAAUAAA